UUUCGGUCCAUUCUGCGGAAGUAUAGCUCAGCAGCAGAAGAAUAGCUGCAAACUCGUGCUCCUUUGAUAAUGCUGCGUUUGUUAUUUGUGCAGUUGCUGUAUCGUGUCCCACAAUUUCCGCAGAGGGGCGUCUUGCUAAUGCAUUAGUUAGGCGGACGAAAUGCUGGAUUGGACGUAAGAGGUCGCCCAUCCCCUUUUUUCGUCUCGCGUCUGCAGGUCGUUUCAGGUGACUUCUUUUCAGCUUUAUGCUCUAUGGUAAAAACACGUCUGACCUCAAACAGCAUGCUUGCCCAUCCGGAUCCAAGUAUUCUUUGUGAGGGUAGCAAACGGUGGAACGGUGCUGUUAUUCAUUAAUACCUUUUGAUCACUCAACUCCCUUGUGAUCCUGCCAUGCAAACGCCCACUGUGUGUUUCCUUUUCCUCUCUCUUACCAUUCCAAAGCUGACUCAUUUUUCCUCCGUGAAGUGCUGUAGCUUCCUCCACGGUUGGGGGUUGCGGUCUUUGGUUCUCGAGACUGCUCUUGACUUGUGGGACACGCAAGACUUCGUAUCGAUACGGAGGUCCAACGUUUCAACACAUACCCUGCUUCUGCCCCCACCACUUCAGGUCUUGUCCAUGUUUUAGUGGUGACACGCUUGCUUCUCCGCGGCUACGUACAGCCUGUAGUGCUGUCCGUCUGGGGCAUUUACCAUGGCAGUCGGGACUGGCCCGCCUCAUCGGGGGGCAUCUCAAAAGAAGCGUCAGCGACCAGACCAGAGCGCUUCUGGUGAGAGACUUGAGAACCCCACAUCGAGUACAUCUGCAGCUGCGACAUCGUCUCAGCUUCUAUCGGCGUGUCCCUACUCCGCGGCUGUCCAGGUUUCCUCCGGUAGAAUGGGGCGUAAAGAGAGUUUGUCUUUCAGUUCGGGCGCAUCUGCCAUACCCUUCUUCCCUCCAUUGUCGCCCCUUCCACCUUUCCCCGCAGAAGCGCAGUCAGUGACGGUGGCAGCAGGAACGGAAGAGCCUCCAUCGUUCCCGGAUACCCUUAGGUCAGCCUCGGGAACUCCUCAGAUCCCGCCGUUGCCGCAGUUGCUGUCGGUCCCUGCCCUUGUGCGAGCCAGGGAGCGCGAACUACGGAGUCUGCUAGAAGGGAUACGGAAUAUUCCGCACCAUCUGCAUGCGAAACAGCAUCAGCAGCGCGAACAAAACCAACAGCUUCGCAAGCAGCGCCAGCAAGAGCAGUUGCCUCGGAAGCAGCGCCACCAGCUAGAGGCUUCAGGAGACGCAGAAGAUGCAACAAGAGAAGAAACAGGAAGGGCCAGUCGAAUCGAGCACCAAGGAGUUGCCAAGCGCGCAUUCCAGCGAUUGCAUGUUGAGCUGCGCCGAAGAUGCAUGUCGUAUAAUCCAUAUCGAGUUCCCAGACGGUGCAGGCGGCCAAUCUUGGAAGAAAUGGCAAAGGCCCCUCCUCGACCGAGCCGACGAGUUCGCAAAGACCGUCGGCGCCCUGCUGCUCUCGCAACCAUCUACAGUCGUCGGGCAGCCUUCCCAAGAAGGUGGUUGGCAACGCACUUUUUUCACGCCAAGCGGUUCCACAUGGUCAACCUCUGGGGCUACCGUUUGGCGUCUCAUCCAACACAGCGUUGUCAGCGAAAGCUGUAUCGAUACUCGAAACACAAAGCCCUGAUCCAUGACCGAUCUUACAUGCAGCUGUUGGAGCUCCGCGGUUCUGUCGACGCUCUCUCUGCAGUCCUUGUCUCGUGUGGAGCAGACGCCUCUGUUUUCCUGAGUCGCCUCUUCAUCUCCGGCAGACAGCGGGGCCGGUUGUCUCUGUUCACCCGCGGAUUGUCAGAGGAGCGGCGAACCUUCAUUGGGCCCGCCGAGUUUCUCUGGAAGCCUGUGGAACCUGAACCCGAUGAUUACUCUCAGAACGGUACCCCGGGAACGCGCAACCAAGGAUCUCCCGAACCCGACGGGAAGAAACGGAGAGACGAAGUUCGCACUCUUUGGCUGUGGAUUCAUCCUUCGGCUUCCGACGCCGCUCACAAAGAGAUCCGCGGGGCGGCUGAGGCACUUCAAGCGACCCAACAAGGGGGCUCUUCUUCGGUUGGUCACCGCGAUCCCUGCGCCGACGAUGUUUCGAUGGGCGACUCAGUAGCUGUUCAGAUUGAGUUAAUUGAUGAUGUUGCUUGGUUCGAGUUGGUGGGGCCACAUGCUCUGGCGCUGCUGGCGCUGACGCUCAAGACACCGUCCAUCAGAAGGUGCCUUCAGCAGCACUGCAAGCAAACAAGAGAAGAGGCGAAGGGCAGCGAGGACCUCGCCUUUGGUGAGCCUUUCCUCGGUGAAGCCCAUUUGGAGACUCCACCAGCUUCGGAGGCAACAAGGCUCCAGCGGGACCAACUGAUGUCGGCUACAACUGAUCCUGCGGCUGUCACCCCGCAACUCUGGUGGAAGCGUCUUACUCAUGAAACGUUGACGAAUGGCUGCUGCAGCGCGGCUCCUCCUGGUGAUGCGAUCCUACCCCUUGAUGUUUUCUUGCCUCCACUUCUCGGUCCGUUCCCUCCUCGGACUCGGCGCAUUCCAGGGGUCCCUGCUAAGCAGUCACAAGAGCCACAGAAGCAAAGUUCGCAGCUCGACGAUUUGUAUCGCUUUGCGUGGUGUGAGAGCAGGUGGGCAGCCUCCAGGCUCUUCGACAAAGCCGUUCGCAGUGAGGCCACAGCUGAAGCCUCGAGCUCUUUAUGGGAACCCGUGCGUCGCAGCAGGAAGCGACUGAAUCUGAAGAAGCUGCUGAUGAGGCUGAAGGAAAAACAGGACGCUCGUCAAGCCUUGCGCGCUCAGCGAGGGUUGCCUCAUCCGGACAAGGGACAUUCCGAAGAGACGACCGUUCGCGGGGCGAGCCUCCGUGCCCUUCUGCAGACGAGGCAGAAAGUGAACAGCCUCUCAUGUGGAACGAGACAACGAGGAAUUGCGAAGCGAAGUCACGACAGUGAUUGGGAGGAUUUGCCUGACACAGCAGAAGUGCGAGAAGAGGGAAAACGCCGUCGACACAAGGAAGAAGCAGGUGGAGGGAUUGCAGAAGGUCUCCAAAGAGGGACUCAGCCUAAGCCUGGCCCAUGCGGCUUCCAGGAAACGAGUUUGGAGCUUUGCAGCUCUCUUGACCAGAACAUUGUGAGGAUAGGAGAGGAAGAACUGGGCGAAGUAGUGGCUCUGCCGGACCUUCCUCACGAGCAGGCGCAGGUCCUUUCCGCAAAUGCAUCUGCUGGAAUUGUUAGCUCUUCGGUUGUGGCAAGUGGAAAAGAAGCGAGUCCCUCCGAUGCUGCCAGGGUAGCCAGGGUAGGAGGAGAAAUAGUAAUUCCACCUGAUGUCAAUACAGGAGCGAAUGACGCGUCGCCAUUAUCCGGUCGCCCUGUGGACUCCGCACCUGCAGUAAGAACCGCGGCCCGAAGUGACAACGUCGGAUCGGUCUCUGCAGGUGGUUCACGCAGUAGUGUGGAGAAGUUGAUUCCCUGUCUCGUUGUAUGGAGAGCCCCGCCCGCGGCUCCAUACCGUUCUUUUGUUGCCACUGCUUCAGGAAGUUUUGACAAGGUCGAAGGAAAGCAUUCGUUCCCGGCGUGUGUGGUACCCUCUCGGUCGGAACAGAUUUCUGCGACUGGGCCGUCUUCGCCCUUCUCCGGCAUCGAUCUGUUUCUUCCUGUGAGUAGCGCCGUCGCCCGGUUGUUUGUGCUUCUCUGUCGCUACGGCGCACGCCCGAUCGGCUGUCGAGACCGAAGGAAGCUGCUGCUGGAAAGUGGAGCUCCGGACUUCCCCUUUGACUUCCCCGACAGUCAGGCUGGGACGCACGCAGCUCUCUGCGCUGCUUGGCAAGACGAAUUGCGUCAUCACAGAAAGCCCCCAGGAAAGCGUGUGAACUUCGCAGUGAAUGCCACCCCGUGUCCGUUUUUCCCGACGUGGAGACUUGCACUGAAACCUUGUGGGUCGGCGAACCCUGCAGGCGUCAGUGAGUCUCAUGGCUUCCCCGAUCACUCUUCUGGAUUGGCUCACCAAGCUGGCGAUGUGCCUGCUUCACAGGGCGCCUCUGCGUUGAUUCAUCCGAUUGCCCCUGCCGCGGCCGAUGCAUGCGGCGAAGCCCCGGUGGCUUUGCCCGCGUGGGCCCGCAGCGCGUUCAGCGCUUACGUCAAGAGAGAACAGCGGAAAGGUUUCAGACUGGAGGCGUCUUUCCUUCCUCCAACGGUGCUUCCGUGGUUAGUGCCGCCGCUGUGUCAGAAGUCAAGGAAGCGGAAGAGUCUCCCGGACUUCCGUGCCGACGUUCCCCUCAUGCCUGCGCUCCCGCCGGUCCCUUCCAGGCUUCCGUUCCCAGAACCGUUUCUUCCCGUCCCCGUGCUGCGCGUCUCGCACCUCGACUUCCUCCGGUUUCUUGCUUCAGAGCGAAGAUGCAGAAAUAACAUGAGUUGCGGUGGACCUGGGCGCAUGCACCAACUGUCUGUAAAAGGCAAACAGGCGACCACGCCGAAGGAAGGCGCCGCCAUGGAGAAACGUCGCAAGCCCGAGCGUGUGGCCUCAUCUACUCCUGGAGCUUCGUGCUCGCUUCGCGGCGCAGCUCAGGCGUUUCUGGCGGAGGUUUCAAGUCUACUUCAGGGGGCCCAAUUCGAACACAAAACUCCAGAUCGAUGUUCCGUGCAGCGCUCUGAAAGGCGGCAGCGUGGUUCCAAUCGCUGCAGCCUCGGCUCAGGUGGAGGCGGCGACGUUUUCGAAGGCGAACGGAUUGAAGCUGGAGAAAGCUCUCUAGAAGGAACCAAAGCUUGCCAGGCCGAUGCUGAUGCGGAACUAGGUCGUGGGGUCGCGUCCCACGAGGUCGAGAAUGCGCACGUGACGGCUCGGAUGUUAUGUGAGAUGGAAGAGAGUGGAAGUGUCUCAAAUCAGUCGAAGCGGACAAGCGAAGUGGACAAUCUUCCUGUGACCGGGGCAAUGGCCGUACAAUGCGCUCUUCCCAGAAUCCCCUCGGAGUCUCCUGUGAGCGGCUGGUUCGUUCCUGUCCAGGUCGAGGCUCAUUUGCGAGGUGUCCCGAGGCGCUUGUGUCAACUGUUUCUGAUGACCAAAGAAGACCUCCUCCUCUUUUUUGAAAAUAAUGGAAGCUCCUUAGAUGCUGAUGCUCGAUCGAGGAGAGCAAGCAAUGGUGUCACCGCUCAGUCUCCCCGUCGGAUCGUGCCUGCUCGUCCCGAAGCUUUCUCCCUGGAGGAGCCGGUCCACAAACGUUUCACGAGAAGUCAGCUUGCGAAAAAAGCCUUGGAGCGGGGUCCACCACGGGACGGGAAGACAGCGAAAGGUGGAGCUAGUGAAACAGCUGUUGCAGAGAGACCGACAGAUCCUUACACUCGAAAUCAGCCGUGUUCCAACAAGGCCGACUGCGCGUCCCCAAACGUACCGAAAUCUACGUUCGACCCAGAGCGAGAAAUUACACACACCAUGGAACAGGAGGGACGUCCACCUUCAAAUCCGUUUGCUAAACGUGAAGAAGUCACGGGAUUCUGGGCCCAGACCGUGGCAGCAACUCUUGCGUCGAACAGUCGGCGAGCGAAAACAAUCUCGAUGCGCAACUACGGAACGCAGUGCUCAGAAUCGGGUCAGAGGGAGCGGACCAGUACCACUGCAUUGCCAACUCACGGAGCUGAAAUUGAAUGCUUUGACUUGGGUCCUCAGCGGCGCCUGAUAGGCUUCGUCACCACGGGGCAACACUCGUUAGCAAGGGGCAAGGGCUUCGGAAUUGCAUGCGUUUCGGCUGAGGCGUUUUUGGAAGCGUUGCAACUGCAGCUUCGAGUUCUCUGCGGAGGUAACAGGAGUGCGCCGGGUUACUCACAUGAGCCAGCGCAUGGAUCACGAACGCGUCGAGUUGACGUCGACUGUCUAGGAGUGAAGCUGCUGGUGUGGCUUCGGAAUAUUCAAUCGAGGCGAUAUCAUCCAGCAUGGAUUUCGAUGGUUAUUCAGGACUAACAACAUGGAACGCGUGUCGUGGUCAACGAGCGCAACUGAGGCCAGUCUCUGGAGUCAUCUCAACUGGGCUUUUACCCUGUUCCGUUCGUCCUGGCGAGUACCCGCAAGAGAAUAUCCAUGCUGAAUGCAUUCGAAUUCCCAGCGACAUGGCUUUCUCGAAUGCGUGAUCAAACUGGCAUAAUUGACGGCAGCUUAGAGAAAAUGCUCGACACGUGGCUGAUGAGUUCGACUUCAUGAGUCUGUGUCUAACUCAGCUGGCUCGCGGGUGCUGUCCCACUGUGCACAUGAUAGAAAGGAAGACUUCUGUGCCGAUCUACUCUGUUCUGCCGAGCCAGUUUUUAUCUUCAACCUUAGCCGGUGGGAGAAAGUCCAUCCCGGUGAUGCAGAACCAGUCUUACAGCAUGACCGGCAAAGACGAAACUCGGAAGUAACCGCGAGGUUUGCGCCGCUGUUCGCAUGCAGCAUGCUCUGACGAUCCCGGACUGCAAUGUCCUCUCCACUUUUCACGCUCUUUUGUGGCGCUUAUUUCUUUGAGGUUUCAAAAUGUCCAAUACAGCGUUUCUCAGGACGUUAGCACGAGCUACUACAGAGCAGGUUUCUGAUUCGAGUCCGGCGACACUGGGCACGACACAAUCGACGCUCCUCACGAGGAUAACGCUGCACGAAUAUAAGCGGAGAGCGCACAUUGAGAGCUCUCCAGAAGGCCCUACAGCGCUCCUCCCACCCCUGAGUCUACAGCACAUACCACCGUGUUCGUUUGUAGACACAACCUGUGACCGGAACGGAAACAAGGUGUGGACGACACGAAGGUCGUGUACCCACUGUAUAAGUGACUUCUGAAUUCGUAAACCGGAAAUUUAAUUCUGCGUCGUUUGGACGGUGAAUCUGUAUUGGAAAUCUGGAAACAUCCGUACCCCCUCCGUGAACAAAGGUCUUUGUCUGAACAGGGCUAUCAAGG